UCCUUCCUUCCAAGCAGCUCGUCACCCUGAUUGCAUAGAGGGCCUGAAUAACAGGUUUUGCUGAAGGGGUGCUGUCAUGUUGAAGAUUGCCUGGUGUGGUUACAUUUAUUAAGGAACAAAAUUAAGGAGUUGCCACUAGAUAUUUGACAGUACUAAGUCUGCUUGCUUGUUUUUGUCUUUCCUUAUACAAGAUUCUCUGUUUGGAAGUAGGAUUUUCCUGUUAAGUUGUUCUUCGAUAAAUGAAAGAAAAAUCCUGUGUCUCUGAUGGGGUUUUUAUAGAAUUGAAAAGACCAUUGCGAUUUCUUAUUUGUUAAUCUUAGAUGGUUUUUGGAUGCUUUAUUAGAUGUUUGAUAAUGCAAGAGCUAGAUGAUUUUCAUGUACUUGUUUCCCAGUCUACCAUUAAACUUAAUUUGUUUAUUGAAAAUAAUUUUCACCUUAUAAAGUUGUAUAAAAUAUUUUAGGGGCACUAAUCUACUUACAAUAUCGAUCAUGCAAUAAUUUUAACCACCACUAUGUUGCAGCUAGGACCUCCGCUGAAACUGCUACCACAAUGGCUGCUACCAUCCUUGUUGCUACUGCUCCAUCAUCAUAUUGUUAUCACCACUAUCACCUUAUCACUCCUCCACUACCACCACCACCCCCCCUCCAUUCCCACCCCAACCUUUAUCACCACUACAACUAUUGCAUCACCAUAAAAUAUCGUCAUCAUUCUAAUAACUUUGUAUUUUUUAUAUUAUUACUUGCCAUAAAAUUUUAUCCAUAUAAAGUUAUAAGAGCGUGAUUGUGUUCAAAAAAGUGAUUGUGUUCAGUCAUCUUUAAUUUUUUUUCUUAAACAGGGAAGGAACAUGCAAGUCACAAUUUAUUGCUCUUUGAUUUCGAUACCGAUCCUAGCUCAACAAGCAAUGAAUCUAGCUCUGUUGACAAUGGGAAGAAAAGAUGGAAUAAAAGUAUGGAAUUGCCAUUAUUCAGUUAUGAGAGCGUAUUAGUUGCAACUGGACAGUUCUCAGAUAAGCUUCGAGAGGGAGGAUUCGGACCUGUUUAUAAGGGCAACAUUCUAUUCCAAAAAUAUCCGAUUUCGGGAUGGCUCGAAUUUUCAGAGGCAAUGAAACUCAAGCAAACACCAACAGGGUCGUUGGAACAUAUGGCUAUAUGUCCCCUGAAUAUGCUAUGGAGGGUCUCUUCUCAAUAAAAUCUGAUGUGUUUAGCUUCGGGUUGCUGGUACUUGAGAUUGUGAGCGGCAAGAAGAAUACUAGUUUCUACCACAGCGACACCCUCCAUCUUCU